AUGGACUCAGAGAAGGAGCAAAAUGUUUUGAUUGACCUUGGCAUCCCUUCAGAGAAUGCUCAACCCACUACACAACCGUCAACAGCAAGCCAUGACUUGGCAGAGAAGACGCAAGAGCUGGACCUGAACGAGAAGCAACCAGAGAAGGAGAAGGAGAAAGAGAAGGAAAGAGUGCGCUCGCCAACACCUCCACCACCGCCACCGAAGGAUGACAAGUUCCUGCGCCAACAGUAUCCGAAUGCUCCGGACGACGAGCUUGCCAACAUCAUGGACGAAAUGGACGACGACGUCGCAGACCCAGCCUUGCAGAAGAUCAUGUCACCUCGCCUUGACAUGUCGAACCUACCCAUGCGCACCUCGAGUCUAGAUCCGUCGCCCUCACCGAGCGCAAUGACAAGCCCGAAACUGCAGCGUACACAAUCUCGCGACAGCUACAUCUUCAGCCCCGCCGCUGCUCGUCCUGGCUCUAUCUCUGGUGUCAGCAUUCAACAGCCUGACCGUACCGACUCUCCUCGUCCCGCAUCCUCAAUCUUCCAGCCACCGCCGCCCUCUCCCGAUCACGAGCCCGCUCUUCCUUUCGAUUUCCACCGCUUCCUCGAACAACUCCGCCAUCGUACAGCCGACCCCGUCGCCCGCUUCCUUAGAUCCUUCCUUAAUGAGUUUGGCAAGAAACAGUGGGCCGUCCACGAGCAGGUCAAGAUCAUUUCCGACUUUCUCGAGUUCAUUUCCAAAAAGAUGGCACAAUGCGAGGUAUGGAGGACUGUUAGCGAUGCCGAGUUCGACAAUGCUAGAGAGGGUAUGGAGAAGCUGGUCAUGAACAGACUCUACUCGCAGACCUUUUCGCCUGCCAUUCCUGCUCAAGAAGUCAGCUCUCCCACAAAGAAACGCUUCCGCCAUCAAACACAUUCGCCUCACGGUCCAGGCAGGAGGGGUCAGCAUCAGGAAGAUGUAGAAAGAGACGAGGUGAUUGCACAAAAGAUUAGAAUCUACGGCUGGAUCCGAGAGGAACAUCUUGACAUUGCCCCCAUCACCGACAAAGGCCGUCGCUUCCUCGUCCUGGCACAGCAAGAGUUGCUCAAGAUCGGCUCGUAUCGCGCCCCUCGCGACAAGGUCAUCUGCAUUCUCAACACGUGCAAAGUCAUCUUUGGCUACCUCAAGAACAACAAGAGCGAUCAGUCGGCCGACGCCUUCGUGCCGCUUCUCAUCUACACCGUCCUCCGCGCCAACCCCGACCAUCUUGUCAGCAACGUGCAAUACAUCUUACGCUUCCGGAAUCAGGAUAAGCUNGGGGGAGAGGCCGGAUACUAUAUUUCCUCCUUGAUGGGUGUUGUGACGUUCAUCGAGAACCUCGACCGUACCAAUUUGACUAUCACGGAUGAGGAGUUCGAGAAGAACGUCGAGGCUGCUGUAAGCCAAAUCGCAGAAGGCCAUAAAGCAGACGAGUACGAAGCCUCGAUGCACGAUAAGGCCACCGCAAGUUCGUCACACUCCACACACCCUCAGUUGAACGAGAAGAGCAGUCUGAGCAGGCCCGAAGUAAACACAAGGAACAGCACCGAGGGUGAGCGAACACCAUUACAUAGAGGAGGCAGCGUACGUUCCAAGAACUCUGCUGGCGAACCCGAAGAUGAAAACGCGGCUGUGACAGGACUCCUUCGCACGAUUCAGAAGCCCUUGUCCACCAUCGGCCGCAUGUUCAGCGACGACAGUCAACCCUCAUCUUCAUCNCCCCGACAGCUUCCUACACCUCAACCCAUCUCUACACCCAGGUUGUCCCCUGGCUUGCCAGCACUACCGCAACACCGCAAGAGCGCCGAAGACACUCGUCGAUUGCGCAGUCCCGAACGACCGGAUGUUGAUCGAGCGAGGAGUUUCGAGUCUAGUCGCGGUCGUAGCUCUCAGGACUCAGCAGCAAGACAGGCGAGCACUGAUAUGGCAGAAGCCCAGAGGAUACAGGCGCAGGAACAUCAGGUCGUUGUUGAGUAA